AUGCCCAGCCCAGAGUCGGAUCUUACUAAAAUGGAGCUUCGGGGUGAUACUGAGCAUCAAAGCGGACACAUAGCUGAGGUGUCACCAUACGAGUAUUUGAAGGAAAAAAAAACCACCCAGAAAUACAAAAUCAUCUGUGCUGUUCUGUUCUGUGCCUUGGUUGUAUCCCUGGGACUAGGUUUAGGACUAGGACUGAAACGUGGAGACCAGGAGCAAGUCAGCUGCAGGCACAAGUGCACCGAGCCUCCGAGGGACGGGGUGAGGGGCUGUGGGUGCGACAGCGGCUGCCAGGGGCGUCAGGAUUGCUGCUGGGACUACCAGGACGCCUGCGUGGAGCCAACCCGAUCCUGGAAGUGCACUAAUUUCCGCUGUGGUGAGACUCGGAUACCAGGAAGUUACUGUUCUUGUUCUGAUGACUGCUUGGAGAAAAAAGACUGUUGUGUAAAUUACAACACUGUUUGCAAAGGUGAAAUACCGUGGGUGGAAGAACCAUGUGUAUCACAUGAAACUCCUCAGUGUCCAGCUGGGUUUGAUCUGCCACCACUAAUCCUUUUUUCAAUGGAUGGGUUUAGAGCAGAAUACUUACAAACUUGGAGUUCUUUGCUGCCAAAUAUUGAAAAACUCAAAACAUGUGGCACACAUUCAAAAUACAUGAGAGCUGUUUACCCCACAAAAACCUUCCCAAACCACUAUACUCUUGUCACAGGAUUGUAUCCAGAAUCUCAUGGUAUUAUUGAUAACAACAUGUAUGAUGUAGACUUGAACAAGCAUUUCUCACUUUCGAGUGAGGAAAUGUACAAACCUUCAUGGUGGAAAGGGGAGCCAGUCUGGCUGACAGCUAUGUACCAAAAUUUGAAAGCGGGUGCAUUCUUUUGGCCAGGCUCUGAUGUUCCAAUUAGUGGAACAUAUCCCACCUUGUACCAGAAAUACAACGGUUCACUUGCAUUUGAACAGAGAAUUUCAGGAAUAUUGAAAUGGCUUGAUUAUACCCAGUCUGAGAGGCCUGAUUUUUACACUUUAUAUAUUGAAGAACCAGAUCACUCUGGGCAUGACUUUGGACCAGUUAGUGCUGGUGUAAUAAAAGCCUUACAGCGAGCUGAUCAAGCACUGGGGAUGCUAAUGGAUGGACUUAAGCAAAGAAACCUGCACAAAUGUGUAAACCUCAUUGUUGUAGCUGAUCAUGGGAUGGAGAGGACCUACUGCAGCCAGUUGGAAUAUAUGACUGAUUACUUCAAACAGAUUGAUUUCUACAUGUAUCAGGGCCCUGCAGCUCGCAUACGAGCAAUGAAUGUUCCAAAGGACUACUUUAAUUUUGACUCAGAAGGAAUUGUUAAAAAACUCACAUGUAAAAGAUCUCCUCAGCACUUCAAGCCUUACCUGACACCUGACUUGCCAAAGAGAUUCCACUAUGCUAACAACAUUCGCAUUGAUAAAGUUCACCUUUUGGUGGAUCGGCAGUGGCUAGCAGUGAGGGACAGAAAAUACACAUCUUGUGAUGGGGGUAACCAUGGCUAUAACAACGAAUUUAAAAGUAUGGAGGCUAUAUUCUUAGCACAUGGCCCAAGCUUUAAAGACAAAACAGAAGUGGAUGCUUUUGAAAACAUCGAGGUUUACAACCUCUUGUGUGAUUUGCUCCAUAUUACACCAGCACCAAACAAUGGAACACAUGGCAGCCUAAAUCACCUCUUAAAAAAGCCUUUUUACAAUCCUUCACAUGCAAAAGAAAUAUCAUCCCCUUCUUCAUGUCCAGUUACCCAUCUGACUCCCAUAGAAGAUCUGGGUUGCAAAUGCAAGGAUAUAUCAAAUGCUUCAGCCCUGAAUCAAAGGUUAAAUCUCACCACAGAAGAAAUAAGGAAGGCAAACUUGUAUCAUUUGCCAUAUGGGAGACCCAAAGUUCUUCAGACAAAAACCACCUACUGCCUUCUUUCCCAUGAUCGGUAUGUGAGUGGAUACAGCUAUGAUAUUUUGAUGCCAAUGUGGACUGCAUACACUGUGAAUAAGUCUGAAAACACAUCUCUUCCUCCCACUGUUUCAGACUGUCUGCGGGCUGAUGUUAGAAUCCCUGUUGCUCAGAGCCAAAAUUGUUCCAAAUACCCAGAAGAGCUGACCUUCACCCGCAGUUUCCUCUAUCCUCCCAACUUCAAUUCAUCUGCUGAUGAACAGUAUGAUGCCUUACUCAACAGCAAUAUUGUUCCCAUGAAUAGAAAUUUCACAGUCAUAUGGGACUAUUUCCAUAAUGUGCUUCUUCAGGAGUAUGCUAGAGAAAGGAAUGGAGUGAAUGUUAUCAGUGGACCAGUCUUUGAUUACAAUUAUGAUGGCCAUUUUGAUACUCUUGAUCAAAUCAAACUGCAUGUCAAUGAUUCAGAAAUCCCUGUCCCAACUCAUUACUUUGUGGUUCUGACCAGCUGCAAGAACAAGUCCUAUACACCACUAAACUGUUCAGGCUCCUUGGAUGCUUUGUCUUUUAUCAUUCCUCAUCGACCUGACAACACUGAAAGCUGUGCUGAAAAUAAGUCACCUUCUGAAUGGGUUGAAGAAAGACUUCAGGCUCAUUCUGCACGUGUUCGGGAUGUGGAGCUCCUGACUGGGCUUGACUUUUACCAGGAAAGAGAGGAACCCAUCUCUGAGAUCUUAAAGCUAAAGACAUUUCUGCCAGUAUUUGAGGCUGGAAUUAACUGAGCAUCUGUUAAAAAGAGUGUCAGUGCUUGGAAGGAAGCAAAUUUAAGUGACUAACUUUUCCCUGCCGAAGUACGUAGGAAACAUGACUACAGCUCAUCUGCAGGGCAACACA